AUGAUUGAUGCGUCUCACCAGCCGCUGUCGCCGAUUCGAGGUCGGCGUCCGUCGACUGAGGCAAGCGACCAGCCCACUGCUGACUCUGUGUCUUCCCCGCCAUCGCUUCCCAGUGCCGUUGACGCUGCUGGCGGUGCCUCGGGUGGCCCCAGGUCAAGGUACAGUUUCGCGCGUUCCUCGAUUUCCCGCGCGUCCAUUUCCUCUGCUUCGUCUGCGUCUUCUGGCCUGUCGUUGCCCGCCUCCUCCCAGCGCGCCUCGCGUCGCUCGUUCCGCAGAGACCGGGGAAUCGAGAGCUCUGGUGUAUCUUCCGCCAUGCGCGCAUACACGCCUCAAGUGCACACUUUCCACGAAGAUCUUCAGGAACCGCCUGGAUCGGCCUCGGGCGAAGUUUCUCCUGGCACGCCUUCCCCCGGAGCAGGGACUCGGCGUUCGCGCAUGGCGACUCCCGCCGCCUGUUCUGCCUUCUCGUCUUCUGUUCUGUCGUCUUCGUCGGAGGACUCCAUCUCCUCCUUGGCGUCUUCUCCGAAUCCUUCGUCUCUCACGUCCCCGACGCCGCUCGAGGACAAUGGCCCGGAGGACGAAGGCCUCGACGGUGAAGACGCGUUCCGCGACUACGCAGGGCGUGAAGACUGUUCGUCCGUGCCUCUCACUCCGUCUCUCGGAGUUGACCGUUUCCUGUCUUCUGGGACUUGCGCCUUUCUGCGGUCCCGGUCCUCGUCGUCUCUCACCCGUGGCGAGCCUGAAGGGACACCGCGGAUGCCUUACCUCGAUCUAUGUACCUCUGUGCAGCCCGCCCUGGAUUCCGCGCCUGCAUCGAGAGGCUACCGUCGCCAACACCGGAGCGUUUCGCCCGCCUCCUCCUUAUCAACGGAACGCCCCACUUCGGCCGCAAUCCGCCACGCGCACCGAACCGCCGGCACACCCUUCGCCGCGCCCCGGCGGGCUGGUCCGUCGGUGCAUUUUCCAUCUGGGCUUUCUUCCUUCAACCACCGAGGCGGCGCGGCGGGUGUCUUCGCCUUUUCCGCAGCUACUGAGGGCGAAGGAAGCGAGGCGGUGUCUUCUUCUGGAGACGAGAGCGUCGUGAGAGGAAGAGGCCAGGUGUCCUUUUGCUCUUCCCCCCAUAGUUACGAAGACGACGUGACCCGAGCGUCCUGCAGAGUCGCCGACCUUUCGGGCCGCAUGCAGCGGCCUCGACACAACGCAGCGUUCCUCGUCGAUCCAGUGGUCUCCGCGUCCGUUUGCUCGCACCUGUACCCCCGCCGGACCCGAGAAGGUGGCCCAGAGAUCCGACACGCGAACGGAUCUGCCUCGAAAGCCGGCAACCAGCUGUACAUCGAGGGCGCCCGAGAAUUGACCCCGCCACGCUCUCUGUCUCCGCCAGCGGCGGCAGACGCUUCUCGACGGGCCGAGGGGCCUGGCAGUCGCUCUCACGUCUCGCCUGGGUUCGUGGACCUGCCUUCGCCCUCGUCGCUUCUUCUGCAUCUCGACGAGGCGACGACCGGGACUGCGGUGGGGGAAGAACGCCGCGGGGGGUGGAGGAAGUUUCUCGCGUCUCUCGCGGCGAUGCGAGCUCGAAAGUGGAGCAGCUCGGACGGCAAGGGAAUGGCGCCUGGAGCCGUCACGACCACACUGGGGGAGGACGAAGACGACCCGGAUCCGGUCACGCCUUCGACGGCCUCUCCGCCGCCGCCCUCCCUCAAGGGGCGCGUUCGCGAGAUGGCAGCGGCCACGCGCCGUGCGUCCAGUGCGUGCAUCCGCCCUGGGCGCCUCUCGGGACGCUGCUACUUUUACAUGCACCUCUUGUCGCUCCUGCUGCUUCUCUGCCUGGUUCUCCUCGCCGGCACCCUUCAUCACGACCAAAAAAUCCAUCGCCUGCGGCCCAAGCAGGUUGCAGAGCUUCAGCUCCACACGUCGCAGCGCCUCUGGGCGGCGUGCGCCCGCGCGUCGAGCGCCUCCGCCUCUCCCCUCGGGCCCGCCGCCUUCCUCGAGUCGUCCGCCGUCGUCGCUUCUGACGUCUCCCUCGAGUCUGGAGGCGCUCGUGCGCUCGAAGCCGCACAAGCCUGGCACGAACGAAUCUCAGCCCCGUCGUUUCUGCGCAUUUGCCGCCACGUAGGCCGCGGAUGGCUUCCUUCAGGUCGUGCGCGGGGAGAGGAGAGCUCGGACGGAGCGGCAGCAGCGGUGACGUCAAACGAGGGAGAUCCUGGGAAAGACCUCGGCUUAUCGGCAGAAAGUGUCACGGCCGGCAAGAUUUUGUCGUGUUUUCUGAGGCCCUGUGAAGGUACCGGCAGUUCGCCCUCGCCGUCGUGCAUGCACUGGCCCUCUGCGUCUUCGCUUGAAGCUGGCGCUAGGUUUCCGACGUGUCGAGCGUCACCCGCGUGGCGAGGCUUGGAUGACCUGGCCCAGCUCUGUCUUCCCCUCGUGGAACUUCAGGCGGAUGUGCCUGCGAAGACGGCGUCUGCUGCACUGGGCCCAGCCUCUGGAGACGCGCGCGCCGAUGCACAGGCGGGAUGCGAUACUUGGCGGUCCACGAUGCUCCAGCAAUCUGGUUUGUCGGAGACCUGCGCGGCUGCUUCGUCUGCUGGUGUGUGUCAGGCGAACAGCGCUUCGCGAGCAACGACUGCUGCCCUGUCAAACGAGAACGCUGCGCCCGCCACCCCUGGAUCUUCUGCCGAUCCGGCCUCGCCGUCAGGCUCUGGCCUCGCCUUGCCCGCGUUUUCUUUUCCUCGCAGCGUUUCGUUUUUCUUCUUCCACCGAGAGGGCUUGCCGGCUUCCUUCCUCGAUCCGGAGCGUCACGUCCUCGCGUGCACCGAGGUCGACUCGCCGUUUCUCCAUCUUUUCUCGUCUCUGCGGACCUCCGACGCGUACCGCAUGUUCUCCGCCUCGUUCGUCUCUCUGCUGUCCUCUGUCUCGACCGUUUUUUCGCCCCACGAGGGAGACGACCGCACCCACGAAGGGGCUCCUCCCGCGGGAGACAAGAGUAAACAGACAGGAGAGUUGGUGGCGAGGAAGUCCCACGACGAGACUUCCGCUGGUCCUUUCACUUUGGAGACCCGUGCGCGAGCAUGCAAACAAAUAUUCAGGGGAGCGGCCUGCAGCGCGUCGCUCGCGGAUUUCGAACUGGGCGUCGUGUCUCUUCUUGCAGCGUCGUGCCAGCAAAGCUGCAGGGAUCGGGCGAGCCGGCUCGGCUGCCUCGACGAGGACUUGGCGGCAGACGCCAAGCGGCAGCGCGCGGGGGCCUAUGCCAGCACACUGCGUGCGGCCUUCGGGAACCUUCUGCCUCAGUUCUUCCUCCUUAGCUACGAGAGUGCGCUUGCAGCUCAGGAGGCAACCGAGACUGCCUCGGCCUCGCAAGGCGCCGCAGCUGCUGGCCAAGGCCCUCCGUCGCAGGGAACAGAGAGCCCUCCACCGCAUCUCUCGCCUGUGCUGCCGGUCGAUCGCCACGCGGUUGCCUCGGACGCCUACGCGCCGUUGCCCUCGUUUCUUCCGCAGUCGUCUCUCCUUUUCGACUUUGCUGUCUUCGCCACUCCCUGUUACCCGUUCUCGCGGUUCCUCCACCGCCGCCUCGUCAGCUGGGGCGGUCUCCAGUUCCACAUUCUUCUGUUUGGCGGGUGGAUUCACUCGCUCUUCGCUCCGGAGCCGCUCACGCUUCUGCAUGUCCCGCGUGCCUUCUUUCUCGUGCUGGUCUCCGCCUACAGAGGCCUUGUCCUGUACGAGGGCCUGAACUGGAUCGAGAAGGCAGUCUGGGCUCGAAACACGCAUUGCGGGCGCCCUGAGGAGCGAAACCCGAGCGAGGCCUCGACGCCCACAACAGACAAAGAGACGAGCGGUGACGGCGCGCAGCAGGAGCCUUCGCCUGACAACCGAGGAACGGCAACGCGCUCUCAGGCAACUGAGGAGGACGGCGAACGGACAAGACCCGACACGUCGUCGACAGAAGACGGAGCGAGCAGUGGAGACAAGACGAACAGCGAGGGCGGCUGGUGGGCUAGGAAAGACUUGAGUGAUCACGUGGUGCUGUACGUGAUGGCAAUCGUGUUUAUGAGCAUUGAAGUCUCCGCGGCGCGGUCCUCGCAUGCGCCUCCGAGCUUUUCGGAAGUCCCUACGCCGACGACUGGUGCGGACGCCUCUCGACGCAGAGCCAGGUGGUUCACGUGCCUACCCCCGUGCCUCCUCCCCCGCAAGAUCUCCUCCUUCCUCUACAUUCUCGUCUUUGCGUACUACGGCAUCCUCUUUCUCUGCUGCCUGCACAUGGCGUACUACACCGCGGUUUUUUUCCACACUCCCGAGGAAAUCUGGGCGGGGCUCACCGUCGGGCUUUGCUUCCUUGUCCUCCCCAUCAUUCUCGUUUUAGAGGUGCUCGAGAAGCCGUCGCUCCAACGCAUCGGCAUCGGAAGCGGCGAGAAGAAAGCCGCGGAACGGGCGGCGGCUGCGGCGGCGGCUGCGAGUGCAUCGGCGGCUGGGGCGCAGAACCAAGCGGGGGGGGACGAGCCUGCUGGUGGCGCGUCUCCUCGUGUGGGGAAGACAAGGCGAGGUUCUCGGACGGUCGCGACGGACGAACACGCAGGAAGCGCAACAGAGGCUGGAGCAGCAGUUUCAGGGGGCGUGGAGGGGUCUUCGCGGGAAUCCAACAAGGCCAGCGCAGUCAGGCUCGCGGAGCGAGGAGUAGCCCAUGCAGAGAACCGAGACGGAGAAUGCCAGAGUGCGGAGGAAACGGCGCGCAGAGGCGUCAGAGACGGAGGCUGCGCACGCGGCACCCACGCCUUGUAA